GCGGCGUCGGGGUCCGAGAGGCGCGAGCGGAGACCUCCGGGGCGAGUGUGAGGAGGGGUCCCGGGGUCCCGGGUAGCUCCGGGCCGGGGCCCCGCUGCGGAACGGACCAUGCUACGUUCUACCGGCUUCUUCCGCUCCAUCGACUGCCCGUACUGGGCGGGAGCCCCCGGGGGGCCCUGCCGGCGGCCCUACUGCCACUUCCGGCACCGCGGAGCUCGGGGCCCCGGCGCGCCCUGUGGCGGCGGUGCGGCGUCGCCCGCAGCAGGGCUUGGCUAUGACCCAUACAACCCGGAGCUGCCUCAGCCUCCUGCGGAGAGAGAGAAUGGCACGCUGGGCCAAGGUGAUGGCAUGCUGGAGCUGGAGCUGGUCAACCAAGCCAUCGAGGCUGUGCGUGGUGAGGUGGAGCUGGAGCAGAGGCGUUACCAGGAGCUCCUGGAGACGGCACGGGGGCACGGUGCCGGGGCUUCAGCCCUGGCGCCCUGCAGCCCUGCCACGAGCCUGGAUGAUGACGAUACCUUCUCGCUGGCCCUCACUUAUACACCAGGGGGCCUCUUGAGCCCAGACUCAGGCUACCAGCCCACCCCACUGGCUGCCCCUGCUGAACCAGGUCACAAGUACUCAUUGGCCCCUUCAGAGAGGGGUCAGGGCAGAGUUGGAGGGGGCACCAGUGCCCUGGAGUAUGUCCCCAAGGCUGUGGGCCAGCCGCGCCGCUGUGGCCGACCGGUGUCUGGUGGCAAGUACGUGGUGGACAGCUCAAAGCCAUCAACAGAUCUGGAGUACGACCCACUGUCCAACUACUCAGCUCGGCACCUUGGCAGGGCCAGUGCCAGGGAUGAGAGGGCCACCAAGCGGCCGCGAGGCUCCCGGGGUGCUGAGCCCUACACACCUGCCAUCAAGAAGCCCUGUGACCCCUUCGGCGGCUGUGAGGCCAGGUUCUCAGACUCAGAAGAUGAGGUGGCUAGCCCGGCGAAGGCUGAUGUCAGCAGCCCCAAGGCUGGGGCUGAACCUGAAAGCAAGGCGCCUGGGAAACCUGCUUCCAAGGAGGGCCCGGAGCCCGUGGAGGGCGGCCUGCGGGGCACCAAGGAGAUGGCUGUGCAGUAUGACGUGGAAGACCUCGGGCAGCCCCCGAAAGCAGCAGACACAGUGGCCAGGGCCCCUCACGAUGCUGGGGUCCCCAAGGAUGGCAAAGCCAAGAGGAAGGAAAGUGGGGCACCAGCCGGCCUCAGCCACAAGGACAAGGCCCGCAAAAGAGACAAGAAGAAGGACAAGGACCCGGGACGGCCCCGGGAGAAGGAGAAGACGUCUGCAGACAAGAGGAGGACACAAGCUGGCAAGGCCCAGGGCUCCGAAGGGACCAAGAAAAAGCCAUCCAGCACCACUACGGUGGCCAGCUCAGGGAAAGGGGGACCAGGCCGCUCCUCCAGUGGAGGGCCGCGGCCCCAAGACUCUGGGUCUGGCCCCCACGCACCACUGGCCUGGAAAGGCGGCAGUGAUAGGAAGACACCAUCAGGGAAGUUGGUGGAACGCAAGGCCCGCUCCCUGGACGAGGGGGCCCCCCAGGAAGCCCCUAAGCUCAAAAAGCGGGCCCUGAGCCAUGCUGAAUUAUUUGGGGAUGAGAGCGAGGAGGAGGACUCAGGCUUGGGGGCCAGGGCACCCCGGGUCUGGCCCCCCACCCUUCCCAGCCUCAGCUCAGACUCAGAAUCAGACUCCGACUCCAGCCUGGGCCUGGGUGAGACACAGGUGCCCAAGCGUCUCAAGGCCGAGCCACCCGCAUCCCCCGCACCGCCCUCCCCACCCUCCUCCUCCUCCUCCUCCUCCUCCUCCUCCUCCGGAGCCAGCCAGUGUGCAGAGGAGGAUGUGGACUACUCGGCCCUGGAGAAGGAGGUGGACUUCGAUGCGGACCCCAUGGAGGAGUGCCUGCGGAUCUUCAAUGAGUCUACCAGUGUGAAGACGGAGGACAAGGGCCGGCUGGCCCGGCAGCCCCCCAAAGAGAAGGCCGUGGAGAAGGCGCACGCAGGCCUGACCACUCUGUUCCCGGGGCAGAAGAGAAGGGUCUCCCACCUCUGCAAGCCAGGCAAGGAGGCGGAGGCCCCAAGGAGGGCCCCCGUGGCCCCCCCAGCCCGGCCCCCGACUGCUCAGGAGGUGUGCUACCGGAGGGCGCAGCAGGCGCAGAGAGACUCGGCCAGCUGGUUACAGGUGGCCCCGAGGCCAACCGACAGGCUCUCCUCCGUGCAUAUCUCUGCCCCUGGGGAGAAGAGGAGGAUUGCUCACGUACCCAACCCCCUCCUGGCCACCACCCCCACAGGUGCCAAGAGGGCGCUCCCUGCCAGCAGCAGCCAGGUGUCCCACGGUCCUGAACCUGGCAGCCAGCCACUGAAGACACGCACGUUGUCAGGGAUGGCAUCAAAGACCACCACCACUGUCACCCCCAAGCGCAUCGCCCACAGCCCAUCACUCCAGAGUCUAAAGAAGCCCGUUAUCCCGAAAGAAUUUGGCGGCAAGGUCCCCACUGUGGUGCGCCAGCGCUAUCUCAACCUCUUCAUCGAGGAGUGCCUCAAGUUCUGCCCGUCCAACCAGGAGGCCAUUGAGAAGGCACUGAACGAGGAGAAGGUGGCGUAUGAGCGCAGCCCCAGCAAGAACAUCUACCUGAACGUGGCUGUGAACACCCUGAAGAAGCUGAGGGGCCUGGUCCCCAACACCGUGCCCAGCCUCAGCAAAGCCAGUGGCCGCAGAGUCGUGUCCCACGAGGUGGUGCUGGGAGGCAGAUUGGCAGCCAAAACCAGCUUCUCACUGAGCCGCCCCAGCAGCCCACGGGUGGAGGAGCUGAAAGGGAACGCCUUGUACAGCCGUCUCAGGGAGUACCUGCUCACUCAGGAGCAGCUCAAGGAGAAUGGCUACCCCUUCCCCCACCCAGAGCGCCCAGGGGGCGCCGUCAUCUUCACAGCUGAGGAGAAGAAGCCCAAGGACCCCUCCUGCAGAAUCUGUUGUCGCUGUGGCACCGAGUACCUUGUGUCCUCCUCGGGCCGCUGUGUGCGCAGUGAGGAGUGCUACUACCACUGGGGACGGCUGCGGCGGAACCGGGUGGCCGGGGGCUGGGAGACCCAGUAUAUGUGCUGCUCGGCUGCAGUUGGUGCCGUGGGCUGUCAGGUUGCCAAGCAACACGUGCAGGAUGGCCGGAAGGAGAACCUGGAGGGCUUUGUGCGCACCUUCCAGAAGGAGCUGCCCGAAGAUUCCCACGCAGGGGUCUUUGCCCUAGACUGUGAGAUGUCCUACACUACGUACGGCCUGGAGCUGACCCGCGUCACAGUCGUGGACACAGACAUGCAGGUCGUGUACGACACCUUUGUCAAGCCCGACAACGAAGUUGUCGACUACAACACCAGGUUCUCGGGGGUGACAGAGGCUGACCUCGUGGACACAAGCAUCACCCUGCGGGACGUGCAGGCCGUCUUGCUGAGCAUGUUCAGCGCUGACACCAUCCUCAUAGGACAUAGCCUGGAGAGUGACCUGCUGGCCCUCAAGGUUAUCCACGGCACGGUGGUGGACACCUCAGUGCUGUUCCCGCACCGCCUGGGCCUGCCCUACAAGCGCUCCCUGCGGAACCUCAUGGCCGACUACCUCAGACAGAUCAUCCAAGACAAUGUGGAUGGGCACAGCUCCAGUGAGGAUGCCAGCGCCUGCAUGCACCUUGUCAUCUGGAAGAUCCGAGAAGACGCCAAGACCAAGCGAUGACUCCCCACCCACCGCCGCCGCCACCAUGCCACGCCCCUUCCCUACAUCCCUGACGGCCCUUAGCCCCGAUGCCCUCAGCCCCGAUGCCCUCGGCCUCUUUUCAAACUGUAAUAAAACAUGACAGCUGA